AUGGGUUUUACACCGUACCAACUAUUUCUUGCGGGUUUGAUGUUAGUAACUGGUACGAUCAAUACGUUAUCAACGAAAUGGGCUGAUCGGCAAACAUCUGAGUUUUGCGAUGGAUCAGGACAGAAUAUUACAUUUGAGCAUCCGUUUCUUCAGGCCGUCGGUAUGUUCAUUGGUGAAUUCUUAUGUCUGUUAGCUUUCAAAUUCAUUUGGUACUCUACUGCUCGGUAUCGUAUUCAACAAAUGACAUACAAAGGUGAUGCGUCAUCGGCACUUGUGAAUUUAUGGCCUAUCAACAUCAAGAAAGAUAUCCGUCUAGUCGAUGGUGAACAAGUAUUUAAUCCAUUGAUAUUUUGGAUAGCAUCCAUCUUUGAUAUGCUCUCAACAUGUUUAUCUUAUUUUGCAUUGAAUUUAACUACUGCAAGUUCUUUUCAAAUGUUGAGAGGUUCAGUCAUGGUUUUCACGGCUCUUAUGAGUAUAUUAUUUCUAAAGAAGAGACUCAACGGCAUUCAAUGGUUAGGCAUUGGUACUGUUGUCACUGGUUUGGUUGUUGUUGGUGUAUCGGAUCUGUUAUUUGACAAAACAAAGGAAGGUAAUCAUAGCAGUGGCGAAAAAGUUGCUGGAAUACUUCUUAUUCUUUUGGCAAUGUUGUUUACUAGUGGUCAAGUUGUCUACGAGGAGCGAUUCAUUGGAAAAUACAACAUUCCACCGUUACAAGCUGUUGGUUGGGAAGGCAUCUUCGGUUUCCUUACUCUCAGUCUUGUUAUAAUCCCAUUUCAUUUCAUCCAUCUGAAAACCUCAAAUAGUGGUCCAGAGCAUCGGCUAGAAGAUGUCCCGGAAGCGUUCUGUCAGAUGGGCCAUAAUUACAUAAUCAUCAUAGCAACAGUUGGAAACAUACUCUCAAUUGCAUUUUUCAAUUUCGCUGGUAUAUCUGUAACCAAAGAAUUGUCAUCGACCACGCGAAUGGUGCUCGACAGUGGUCGAACGUUGAUCAUCUGGGCAGUGUCACUAGCAUUGAGCUGGCAAAAAUUUUACCCGUUACAAAUCGUUGGUUUCGUUCUUUUAGUUAUCGGUAUGGGUAUUUACAAUGGUGUGUGGCAAAGUUUAUACCGUCAACUUUUCGGUAGACAAGCUGAUGAUCAAGCAGCGCUGAUACCCGAUUAUACUGCUGCUAAUCCGUACGCAAUAUCCAAUCCAGCAAAUGUUCCAACAGGUGCAGGAAUCGUUCCGAAUAUCCUAAAUGUGGUUGAUAUUAACUCAUCGAAAUUAAAUCGUGUUCGAGCUGAAACAUGUUUACAAUUAAAGGACAGCACUUUUACCGUUGAAUGUGGAAUUCGAGUCUCGAUACAAUACUUGCGUGAUUUGUUUACAGCCAAGGUUGAUGAAUGUUAUUUUAAUAAGCAACAUGGAAGUAUCGAUAACGACUCGGACACAUCAACAACUUCCGAUGAUAAUGCAGCAAUUAGCCCAAAACGUCCAUUAAUGUUAUUAGCUGCUGAACAGGCAAACGUAGGCGAAAAUAAACCCUUUUGUUUAUUGUAUUCGACUUGUAUAUUUACUUUUUUAUGUAAUUAUUGUUAA